AUGAAGUACUCGUUCACCGCUCUGCAAUUGCCGGUGGAAGAUGGCGACGACGUCCAUCCCAACCGGUUUGAUGCUCCCAACAUCCACCACUUCUUACAAUCGCUUCCCACCAACUACGACCGCCAGUGUGUGAUGAAAUUCAUCCCCAAAACCGAGAAACGCAUGCGCAGAACUCUUGCCGAAAGAAUCGAAUUGGAGCAAGGCUUGUUCCGGUUGGUCUUCGGCCUCUUUGACCAAGUCGUCGGCAUGACUGCCGAACAAAAGUUCAAGAUUUGGCAAGAGGUGGAGCAAGCGCAAGUGGCUAGUCGCUUAGUACACGAUCGGGUUGCUGACGAGCUCCAGGAGAAGCAGACCAUUGCCACCACCAACCAGGCGACGAAGCCUAACCAGUGGAUGGACAAUAAGUUGCAAGAUGUCGAAGGUAAACUUGUUAAGCGGUUCCGAGACAUCUUUUUGACGGCACCAUUGAGCCCGAUCCAACGCCAACAACUUGAGAAAGCAUUGAUCGAAUACGAAAAGCAGCUUGUGGCUAUGGAAGCAAAGACUAUGAAGGAGAGCACCCAAUUUAUGGAGGACAUCUUUCGCAACUCCAAUGUGAUGGUGCACUACGUCAAAAUGGAAUCGAUCACCUUUGUGGUCAAGCGGGGACGGGGGCCUCCAAAGUAUGAAACCGUCCCCUCAUGCGUUUUUUAA